AUGAACCCUGCCAAGCUGAGAAGCCGCACAGAAAAUCAGUUCAAGGCUCACGAGGAACAAGAAAUGGAUAAUUUAGGGAAAAGGGCUUGGGAUAACCCAGCCUACGACGGUUCUCCAUCUCCAAAGAUCAAAGCCAUAUACAACCCCAAAACUGUUUUGGAAAACCCUUAUGACAGCAUGGACAAUUUGGGAGACCCACCACCUUACCAGGAAAAAAAGAAGAGAUGUAACCUGUGCUCACAAUGCUGUGCCCACAUUGCCCAGGGGAUUCGAGGACUUUGGGGAACAACCUUAACUGAAGACACAGCAGAAAACCGGGAGCUGUUUGUGAAAACCACACUGAGGGAAUUACUGGUCUAUAUUAUCUUUUUGGUGGAUAUCUGUCUCUUGACGUAUGGGAUGACGAGCUCUAACACCUACUAUUACACUAAUGUCAUGUCUACACUUUUCCUGAACACGCCAUCUGAUACUGGGGUUACAUUCCAGAGUAUUGGCAGCAUGACAGAUUUUUGGUCGUAUGCACAGGGACCAUUACUUAACGGCCUUUACUGGACAAAUUGGUACAAUAACGCUUCUCUAGACAACUCUCAGAACUCAUUUAUAUACUAUGAAAAUCUGCUGCUUGGAGUCCCCCGAAUGCGACAGCUGAAAGUCGAAAACAAUUCGUGCGUUGUGUAUAAGGAUUUUAGAGAAGAUAUCUUUGGCUGCUAUGAUACGUAUUCUGAGGACGAAGAGGACAAAAAUCCAUUUGGGUUAAUUAAUGGGACAGCAUGGACAUAUUUUACAGAGAAAGAACUAGGAGGCUCUUCCCACUGGGGUAAAAUAGCGACUUACAGCGGAGGAGGUUACUACAUAGAUUUUCAGCUGACAAAACAAGCAACGUUAAAGACUCUGCAAACUCUCAAAAAUAACCUGUGGCUGGACAGAGGAACUCGAGCAGUUUUUAUUGACUUUUCAGUGUAUAAUGCCAACAUCAAUCUAUUCUGCGUUUUAAGACUUGUGAUGGAGUUUCCAGCUACCGGCGGUGCCAUACCAUCUUGGCAGAUUCGUACAGUCAAGCUAAUUCGAUACGUCAGCAACUGGGAUUAUUUUAUCAUUGCCUGUGAAACUAUCUUCUGCGUGUUCAUCUUUUACUAUGUGGUGGAGGAGAUUCUGGAGCUGAGAAUACAUAGAUUUAAAUAUUUCGCAAGUAUCUGGAACAUUCUGGAUGUUGUGGUUAUAAUGCUUUCUCUUGUAGCCAUUGCAUUUCAUAUCUUUCGGACUAUUGAAGUGAAUCGACUCAUGGGAUCGCUGCUGGAAAAUCCCAAAAUAUAUGCAGACUUUGAGUUUUUAGCAUUUUGGCAAACACAGUACAACAACAUGAAUGCUGUCAAUCUAUUCUUCGCGUGGAUUAAAAUCUUCAAGUACAUUAGCUUCAAUAAGACAAUGACACAACUUUCAUCCACUCUUGCUCGUUGUGCGAAGGAUAUAUUGGGCUUUGCUAUCAUGUUCUUCAUAGUAUUUUUUGCCUACGCCCAGCUGGGAUAUCUUCUGUUUGGAACCCAAGUGGAAAACUUCAGCACGUUUGUAAAGUGCAUAUUCACCCAGUUUAGAAUCAUUUUAGGAGAUUUUGACUAUGACGCUAUUGACAAUGCAAACCGAGUUCUAGGACCUAUCUACUUUGUCACUUAUGUCUUCUUUGUCUUCUUCGUGCUGUUGAACAUGUUUUUGGCUAUCAUUAAUGACACAUAUUCCGAAGUGAAAGAAGAACUCGCCAAUCAGAAAAAUGAACUGCAAUUUUCAGACAUCUUAAAGCAGGGUUAUAAGAAGACAUUAAUGAAGCUUAAGCUGAAGAAGGAGCGCAUAUCAGAUGUACAGAAAGCACUGCAGAACGGCUCCAAAGAAAUGUCAUUUGAAGAGUUCAAGAAAAGUCUAAAAGAGAUGGGUCAUGAUGAUCAUGAAAUUACAGCUGCCUUUUCCAGAUUUGACCAGGAUGGUAACCGGAUUCUGGAUGAAGAUGAACAGAAUAGAAUGAGAGAUAUUCUGGAGAGAAAUAGAGUGGCUCUGAAUGCUGAAAUUGAGAACUUGGGUAGAUCACAAGGAAACACGGAUUUGGACACAGUGGUGAACUUAUCAGACCUGAGGAAUGACCUGUCCAGCAAGCCAAGCUGGGUUUCACAAGAAGAAUUUACAAUAUUUCAGAUAAGACUGCAGCAACUUGAAAUGUCCAUCAGCCGAAUAAUGAGAAAAGUAGAAACUGUGGAGAUGAAAUUGGAGACAAUGGAAACAAACAAGAUAAAGCAGUCGAACCUGACGGAUAAUCUGCCGAACAAUAUAGCAAAGGAGAAACAAUCAAGUUGGGAAGAAAUCCAUCCAAGCAAUCUGGUGAAGGAAGACAAAGAAGGCUGGGAAUCUGAGUACAAGCCCAGGAACAUCACAGAACCAUCGUACAGAAACAGUAACGCCAUCUAUCCACAUACGAAUGGCUCACAGAAUUCUUUAAAUUUCACUUAG